CGUUUUUUUUAAAGGCCUAACUUGUUGUCUCGUCUGCGCAUGCGUCGUGACAGUCGUUAUUUCGCCGAGCCGGAAGAUGAGCCAGUUUUCCUCUCACGCAGCAACACAUCUUCGCUCUACGAUUAUCUUUUGAGUCUUUAACUCUCUGACACUUGUUGGAGAUACAUGUUUUUCCCGAGUGUCGCUCUCCAGUAAUAUUUAUAAAUAUAAAUAUAAAUAUAUAUAUGACUUACCAGCAGAUGAAGAAGAGGAUACCGCCGGGGACAGUUCUAACCUAAGUGACGCUGUUGACUUCCAGGUCAUCGGUGGACCGGGGAGGGGAGCCGCGAACCCCCCAAACUCGAGAAGGAGCGACCGCCGCGCUGCAGGCGUGCGUCCACACGCCCCACCUGCUGUGAGCCGAGUGACCGACCGGUAACCGACCGCCAUGGGGAAGCAGAACAGCAAGCUGCGCCCCGAGGUGAUGCAGGACCUCCUGGAGAACACGGACUUCACCGAGCACGAGAUCAUGGAGUGGUACAAGGGCUUCUUGCGGGACUGCCCCAGCGGGAACCUCUCCAUGGACGAGUUCAAGAAGAUCUACGCCAACUUCUUCCCUUACGGAGACGCCUCCAAGUUCGCCGAGCACGUCUUCCGCACCUUCGACGCCAACGGAGACGGGACGAUCGACUUCAGGGAGUUCAUCAUCGCCCUGAGCGUGACGUCUCGCGGCAAGCUGGACCAGAAGCUGAAGUGGGCGUUCAGUAUGUACGACCUGGAUGGCAAUGGAUACAUCAGCAAGGCGGAGAUGCUGGAGAUCGUGCAGGCGAUCUAUAAGAUGGUGUCCUCUGUGAUGAAGAUGCCCGAGGACGAGUCGACGCCCGAGAAGAGGACGGAGAAGAUCUUCAAGCAGAUGGACACCAACAGAGACGGUAAGCUGUCUCUGGAGGAGUUCAUCAAAGGAGCGAAGAGCGACCCCUCCAUCGUCCGCCUGUUGCAGUGCGACCCGAGCAGCGCCGGGCAGUUCUAAACACCCCGAGGGCAUCGACACAACCUUGCUUCUUUUGAGGGCGUCCACAUGCCCUCUCUCUCCUCCACGGAGCAGACUGACGAUGAAGAAUGACGAGCUGAUGAUGACGAUGACGAUGAAGACGACAUGCCUUCAACACGCACUGAGGACAUCGAGGAGGGGCGCAGGAGCCAAAAUCCACCACCACCCCCCCCAAACACCCCCCCCCCCCACCACCACAAGCUUGUUAUAAAUAAAAAAAACUCCGAACCCCAACAAAGACUAAACCUGGAGAAUAAUGUCCCCAAAACCCCUCCACCCAGGUUGACCCCCCUCCCCAGCCCCCCUCAGUCCUCCUAUCGGCAUGGCAACGUGUAGAGGAGGCGGUGGCCAGUAGGUUGUGUGUGUGUGUACAGUUUAAACUGGAGUCUCUGUAUCCGUGUCUUUUGAUUGGCUCUCUGUGCCAAGAGCCUCUGUCUCUUUACUGUGUUCCAUAGACGGAGAGAGACAACGAGAGAGAGAGGGAGAGAGAGAGAGAGGGAGAGAGAGAGACACGAUGGUGUUGAAUAACAGGAUUUUCCGGAGGUGGGUGAGAUUAUUUAAUCUGCAGAGAGAGCGCUGCUUUCUUUUUUUCCCCGUUUCCUUCUUUUUCUACCGUGAGAAUGUGUGUCCGUGUGUUUGUGCGUUUUUUAACAAACUCGAUUAGACUUUUGUCUUUCAUAUUUUUUCGUGCUGGGACUAAAUGACAUGUAACGUGUGAAUGCGAUGCUCCGAUGCAUACGCGCCCUGAUCAGUAGUUUUAGAUGAGUGUGAGGAAGAGUGAACGCAUCCCUUCAUCCACCGUCUGAUUCCAGUGUUUUCUUUUUUGUUAUCGGUAAGAAUUUGACAGAUUGAUUUAGGAAUGUGGCGGUUUUUACUGCCUCGAGCGUCAGGAGGAUAGAAGAGUAGUAUUUCAGUGCAGUGUAGAUACAUGGAGAGCCAGUUCACGAUGACUCGCUUCAUAACAAACGUUGUGAAUUGAUAAAAAAAAGAAGAGUUUUACAUUUUUUUGGGGAAGUUUAUUUAUUUAAAGGUGUUGUGGGACGUCCGGCAUGCAAACACAUUCCCCACGUGAAGAAUCGCAGCGUCUUCACGGUCUUCACUUUUAAAUGGUUUUUUUAGAUGCCGCAUGAUGAGCAUCUGGGGAGCAGAGACUAAAGAACACACGUCUGCAUGUGACUGCGCGCAUGUAUGUGUUUUCAACAAACGCGUUUUUAUGGACUUCCAACGGCUCGGCGGAACCGGUCCGAGCUCGCUUUCUGUACGUUGGUGUCGCCGAACACACGCGCUGCUUCACGGGGAUGCUGGGAAGACACACACACACACACACACGAAGAGCAGUGAAUUCCAGAUUCUACAGCACCCUGUCAGAAUCAUGUGACCGACAUGAGGCGCUGCGAUGGCGUCCCAUGAAGUACAAACGGAGGGAUUCGAUUGGCUGUCUUUAUUUUAGUCUCCCCUUAUCCCCCUCCUUCUUUCCUCCACGAAGCUGUCAAAGAAAAGAGAAGUAAAGAGUUCCACUGUGACUGGUGUGCCCCCCCGCUCCCCCGCCCCAGAGUAA